CUCCUGUGAGAACAGAAGGACCAUAGUUCCACAGCAUGUUGCUGCUGAUCCUGUGUGCUGGGUGUCUGGCCCUGUCUGCUGGUCAGACAACAUCAGCACCGUUGCCUCCCUCCGCCACCACAGGGCUGAGCUCGCCCGUGACAGACGCCACUCAUUCACAGUUGAACACGGCGUUGACACAACUUCCGCCUGAUUCAAUGCACAGCGCACUCGCAGUUUUUCAUACGGCUGUCAAGUCUGAUCAUGAGCUAAAUUCCACAACAAUUGCUGUACUCUUGGACAAGCUCGUUGAGAUUUUCCACCAGCAGCUACCAGAACUGACCUUCCAUCUAACGGUGAAGAACAUCAAGAACGCCACAACGGGGAUCUAAGUCACUAGCCAGACUCUUCUCUUUUGUAGUUCCCCGGUGGUGGAACGAGUUACCAAACUCCAUUCGAUCCGCUGAGUCCCUCUCCAUCUUUAAGAAGCUAAAGACACAGCUCUAUCUCGAACACCUCCUGAUGGUAUUGAAAAAACAAAAUCGCUUCUAUGCACCAUAUGCAUUUCCUUUGUGCACUGCCUGUUGACACCUAUGUCCUAUCGGAUUUGAACCUAGUUUUUUUUUAAACAACAUUGUCGCCUCCUGACUAGAUCCUUGCUUGUGUUGUAUUAACUCUCAGACGUACGUCGCUUUGGAUAAAAGCGUCUGCUAAAUGAAAUUAUAACAUCUAAAACCUCCUCACGCAAACAUUAUAAACCUGCUCCUGUUGAUUUAUGAGCUGCACUUUUAAUAACACAGCUUUUAAAUAGGUGAAAUAUAAUAUAGCCUAAAUAUAUGCACCUCAAAUAAAGCAACAGAGGAUUUGGCACUUCAGAUGGAUUUAAAAAAAAUCUAUUUUGGGAGGGGUGUCUUAUUUCUGUUUUUAUUUCACAGCAGACAGAGACGACCCCACUCAAAGUGGAAUAACUUUUUUUUUAAAGCUUGAGGAAACCUCGAGAACACAAGUAACACAAAAACCACAUAUUGAAGUGUAGUAUAAUAAUUAGCUAUUAGUUUAACCAGCAUCUUGCCUGAUAUCAGACAGAAUUGUCAAUUUAUCAUGCUCUGUCUGACUUUGCCUCCACUUUAACUGAUUUCCGUGGGGGAGGGGGAUUAGAUUUCCCCUAACCAAUCAGUAGACACCAACGUAUCUGCCUGCAUCUAGCGUCUUCUUAAAUCGACACUGAUACGUAGCCAUGCAAACAUACUGGUUUUGCCAGGGUUUUAAGAAGGGCGCAGAGUAAAAACAACAAACUACGAUGUCGGGCGGUAUUGAGAAGACAUGCUGUCUAUGGCAACAGACAUCUUGAAUUAGAGCUUUGACUAGGCUUAAUGACGUCGUUGAAUCGAAAACCUCACAUCCUAAAGAUGUUAUCGCAACGUGUUUGACUGAGAAUUGUGACAAAACGUUUUGUUUCAUAGAAAUGUCUAGUAAUUAUUUUGCUACCCUACCUGAAGCUGAGCGUUUGCGAUACCUUAAUAAACUGACGUUGAUCGGUCAGCAGUCAUGCCCCUUCCGACUCCCUCCGUCCAAGUGGACCAAUGACCCCACACAGUGGCCGGAUAUUGCUUAUCUGGACAUCUACACAUAGGUGAUCGAGUCACCAGAUAGCAUUAGGCUGAGUGUCGUCUGUAAAUAACCAGCCUGUUAAUAGAGAUCUGGAUUCGUGUGUUUGUUUUACCACCUGCUACACCACACCCCUUUCAGCAUUUUCCUGUUUCUCCCCAUUAUGUAAAGGCGCGAUUCUUCUCAAACUCGAGGGUUCAAAACGGUAGUCCAUAACCAAUUGAUGACGUCACGGUGUCUACACCCAUUAUUUUAUACAGUCUUAUAUUCUUUCAAUGAGCAGACAGGAAAUAUGCUCAAGAGAAAUUCCUGUCAGGUAUUAUCAGCAACAAUAUACUAUGAUAAUACUGACAAAACAUGUCUAUUGUGUAGCUUUGAAUAGUUAUAAUUUUAAUUUAAGAUAUCCAAGAACCGACCUUUUGCACACCUCGACAGGUGCUUAGGAGAAGAUCCAGGGUGAACAAGGCAGAAAGACACUCCCGCACACUGCUGCAGUCGGAGAUCUUUGAUAACAACGUUUCCGAACAUAGACCUUCAUCAGGUUAUUGCAUUGGGUUAUUCGAUAAGAACCAGAUGAAUAUUCAGUUGUCAUACUUAAGGCGUUUGCCUGAACAGAACGUAUGCAAAGAAAUUAAGACCGAAUUGUACAUGCAUUGAGAUAGAGGAUUUGGAGUUGUUCAUCUAAGCCUGGUGCUGUGUGUGCUAAAUGCAUGUACGGAUAUUUUUUCACCCAAUUCAAUAUCGGUUCAGCAAAUCCUCUGAAUCGAUUCAAGCUCCUGGCCAGUGGGUGCGUGGUGAGCAACAUCUUUGUGUGAUUCGCGUUUUAAGGACGAAGGCUGCACUCAACCAAACAACAACAAAAUGCUGACCAAAGUAAGUAGCAGCAGCGUAAAGCCAAUGCCUUCAACUUUAAAAUCAGACGUAAUUUUGGAUUCCAGCAUAAAUCCGGAACACAGGAAAUACAUAAAAGUAAGGUCUUGUGUAAGCUGUGCCAGACAGAACUAAAUAAUCAACAGGUACUCUAAUUAUUUGUGUAUUUCUACUUCUUACUGAAUCGAUAUCGAAGCACUUUAAUCAAUAUCGAAAUCGAAUCGCAACCUAAAGAAUUGAAAUUGAAUCGAAUCAUGAGGUUCUUAACAAUACCCAGCCCUACUUUUUUGAUGAACUUUAGCAAUUGAAUUUGUUUGACAUAAAUGAGAUGCUCAACAUCACAGUGACUGCAAGGCUGAAAAUCUUAACACAGAAGUGUCUCUUUUAUUAAAUAAAUACCAGAACAUUCUUACCUUGAAUAACAACAUCGUAAAGACUCUUCAUACGUUCGAGACAUGACACUGAUGUCUCAGUCAAGUGCCAACUGGGUGCCAAAACAUCAGACACCCAGGUGUUUGGCUUUCUGCCAGGUUUGGAAAUAAAAAUAACUGCCUUUGUUCCAAGGGCCUGCAAUUUUUCAAGCUGAAAAGGACACACACACAC